GCAAAACUCUGUCUCAAAAAACAAAAAAAACAAAAAAAACAAAACCAUUAUUUUCCUUCUUGCUCCAGGGAAGAAGGAACUGGCACUGUACAACCAGGGAUUCAGGACACGUGUUACUAGCUCCGGAUAAGUAGGAUUUACCCGAAAAAAUCGACCCUAUUUGUACAGUUCAUGCCAGGGGGUAGGAAACACUUGAAGCUUUCAAAUACUGCAUUAGAAGCUUUCAAAUAUUGCGUUAGACUUGUGACUCUCUGUCCUGGGCAAGUCAGGUCUAAAAUGGAGAAACUGGUGACGCACUCCUCAAAAAGCCAAGUGUAAAAUGAGGUUAAUGCCCUCCCUGACUUGUUGCCUUCACUUGUGUGGCAUAUUGUGGUGAAAAUAAUAAUUAAGCAGCAACGUUAUGGAUGCAAAUCCUUUAGGGCCCAAAUCUUUCCGGCCGCUGCCAAGUUCUUUCGUGUUAUCUUGGACAUAACACAACAUUAAUUCAACUACUUGGCGGAGCGCCCACUAGUUGCUGGGCACUGCCUUAGGCCCUGGGACAGUGAACAAAGAACAGGUCUCUUUGUCUGUUCUUUACAGCCUCACCACGCCCCCACCUCCCUCGGGGGCCUCCGCGCUCAGCUUCCGGCCUCCACGCCUCGCUUCCGAUCGGCCGCCCUUUCCUCACUUCCGCUUCUCUAUGGUGCGCGAGCCGCCUUUGCUCCGCCUCCGGAAGUGGCUUGCUCCUGGUUCCAGGUUCGCGGAGCUGUGAGGUGUUCAGCAUUAUUUAAGAUCACCUAUGCAUCAUCUGAAGCCACAAUCCCAGGUCAUCUUCAUCACCUUCCCCAGUGGAAUGCCUCCUGUGUUAAAGCCCACAGCAACCCCUGUGGUCUCUGCUGUUUCCUCCUGACAUCAAGGAACAACCAUGUCAUCAGAAUCGAGCAAAAAACGGAAGCCCAAAGUCAUCCGAAGUGAUGGAGCCCCAGCUGAAGGAAAGCGGAAUCGAUCUGACACUGAGCAGGAAGGUAAAUACUACAGUGAAGAGGCCGAGGUGGAUCUGCGGGACCCUGGCAGAGACUAUGAGUUAUACAAGUACACCUGCCAGGAGCUACAGAGGCUGAUGGCUGAGAUCCAAGACCUGAAGAGCAGGGGUGGCAAGGAUGUGGCAAUCGAAAUUGAAGAACGGAGGAUUCAGAGCUGUGUGCAUUUCAUGACUCUAAAGAAGCUUAACCGAUUAGCCCACAUCAGGUUGAAGAAAGGAAGAGAUCAGACCCACGAGGCUAAGCAGAAAGUAGAUGCCUAUCACUUGCAGCUCCAGAACCUGUUGUAUGAGGUGAUGCACCUACAGAAGGAGAUCACCAAAUGUUUGGAGUUUAAGUCGAAGCACGAAGAAAUUGAUCUGGUCAGUUUAGAGGAGUUUUAUAAGGAGGCUCCACCAGAUAUCAGCAAGGCCGAAGUCACCAUGGGAGACCCUCACCAGCAAACACUGGCACGUCUAGACUGGGAGCUGGAGCAGCGGAAAAGGCUGGCAGAGAAGUAUCGAGAGUGCCUAUCCAACAAGGAGAAGAUUCUCAAGGAGAUUGAGGUGAAGAAGGAGUACCUGAGCAGCCUCCAGCCCCGCCUCAACAGCAUCAUGCAGGCUUCCCUUCCGGUGCAGGAGUACCUGUUUAUGCCAUUCGACCAGGCUCACAAGCAGUAUGAGACAGCCAGGCACCUGCCGCCUCCCCUCUAUGUCCUCUUUGUUCAGGCCACUGCAUAUGGGCAGGCCUGUGCUCAUAUGAAAUCCUCCCAGCCCCCUAGACAGGAUAAGACGUUAUCUGUGGCAAUCGAAGGCAGUGUGGAUGAAGCCAAGGCUCUUUUCAAGCCUCCAGAGGACUCCCAAGAUGACGAGAGUGACUCGGAUGCUGAGGAGGAGCAGACCACGAAACGCCGGAGACCCACGCUGGGGGUUCAGUUGGACGACAAACGCAAAGAGAUGCUGAAGAGGCACCCACUGUCCGUCAUGCUCGACCUGAAGUGCAAAGAUGACAGCGUGCUUCACCUGACUUUCUACUACCUCAUGAACCUCAACAUCAUGACAGUAAAAGCCAAAGUGACAACCGCCACAGAGCUGAUCACCCCCAUCAGUGCAGGUGACUUGCUGUCUCCUGACUCAGUCCUGAGUUGCUUGUAUCCUGGGGAUCAUGGAAAGAAAACUCCGAAUCCAGCCAAUCAGUAUCAGUUUGAUAAAGUUGGCAUCCUGACUUUGAGCGACUAUGUACUUGAGCUAGGUCACCCCUACUUGUGGGUACAGAAGCUUGGUGGCCUCCACUUCCCCAAAGAGCAGCCCCAGCAAACAGUGAUUGCUGACCACUCGCUGAGCGCCAGCCACAUGGAGACCACCAUGAAACUUCUGAAGACCAGGGUGCAGUCCCGCCUGGCCCUCCACAAACAGUUUGCAUCCCUAGAACAUGGCAUUGUGCCAGUUACCAGUGAUUGCCAGUACCUCUUCCCUGCCAAGGUUGUCUCUCGCCUGGUGAAAUGGGUGACAGUUGCCCAUGAGGAUUACAUGGAGCUGCAUUUCACCAAAGACAUUGUGGAUGCGGGACUGGCUGGGGACACCAAUCUCUACUACAUGGCACUCAUCGAAAGGGGCACAGCCAAACUGCAGGCCGCUGUGGUGUUGAAUCCUGGCUACUCCUCCAUCCCACCUGUUUUCCAGCUCUGUUUGAACUGGAAAGGGGAGAAAACCAACAGCAAUGAUGACAACAUUCGGGCCAUGGAGGGUGAAGUCAAUGUGUGCUACAAGGAGCUGUGUGGCCCUUGGCCCAGCCACCAGCUGUUGACCAACCAGCUGCAGCGGCUGUGUGUGCUGCUGGAUGUUUACCUGGAGACCGAGAGCCAUGACGACAGUGUGGAGGGGCCCAAGGAAUUUCCCCAGGAGAAGAUGUGUCUGCGGCUCUUCAGGGGUCCCAGCAGGAUGAAGCCAUUUAAAUACAACCAUCCUCAGGGAUUCUUCAGCCAUCGCUGACCUCUCGCCCAGCCUGUUGUUUCCCCCAAGGCCUCACCCUGAGUCCUGGGCUUCUGCUUUCUGCUGUGGCCCACAUGUGACUCUUGAUAUUCUCUAAAGACACCAGCCGAUUAAAAAGCGUCACCUGACCA